AUGGCAUCCAUGAUGAUCUCCGGACUCGCCGGCGCGCGUGUCGGACCGGCGGCGGUCUCCCGCAAGUCCUCCGUCCGAGCAAGGGCGGGCCAGUCGAUUCGGAUGAAGUCCUUCCCCGCUCGACGCGCGGUGGAACUCGCGACCGUCGCCUCCCUCGUCGCUCCCGGCGGCGCUCAGAGCGGCGCCAACCUCAGGUACGCUUCCAUCUCCUCCGCCGCAGGUAAGAGCCCCCGCGUCGAGUCCAUCGCGUUCAACGAUCCCACGCCCGCGCCGUGGUACGCGCGCGAGUUCGACGUGCACAUCGCGCUCGACAAGGGCCUCGGCUCCAUCAUGCUCCUGGGCGCCACCGCGCUCUCGCUCUACCUCGCCAACUCGGGGUACGCGCACGACUUCAUCCAUUUCUGGGAGCACUUUCACUUCGGACCCAAGGCCAUCGGUCUGUUCCUCAACGCGCACGAGUGGGUCAACGAGGGUCUGAUGGCCAUCUUCUUCUUCAACGUCGGACUCGAGAUCAAGCGCGAGUUUGCGUUUGGUUCCCUCUCGGACAUCAAGGCGGCGCUCCUCCCGUGCUUCGGCGCGCUGGGCGGCAUGAUCGCGCCCAUGGGCAUCUACCUCGCGCUCAACAUGGUCAACGGCGGCAUCACCGCGGGCUGGGCCAUCCCCAUGGCCACCGACAUCGCCUUCGCGAUGGGCGUCUACAACUUCUUCAAGAACCGCAUGCCCCCGGCCGUCGCGGCUUUCCUCCUCACGCUCGCCACCGUCGACGACCUCGGCGCCAUCGCCGUCAUCGCGGUUUGCUUCGCUAAGGGUAUCGUCCCCGCGUACCUGGCGGCGUCCGCGGCCAUCACCGGGGCGCUCUUCGUCGCGUGCAAGAAGAAGGUGACCAGCAUGGCCGUCUACGGCGGGUUGGGCGUCGCGCUGUGGUACGCGCUUCUCAAGGGUGGCAUCAACGCGGACAUCGCCGGCGUCGUCGCCGCGCUCGCGGUUCCCGCGGCGGCGCCCGCUCCCCCCGGCAGCCACGCGCACGGCAUGGAGGAGGGCAUGGAACCCACGCUCUUGGACGACCUCAUCCACAGCCUCCACCCCAUCUCGUCGCUGCUCAUCAUGCCGUGCUUUGCCCUCGCCAACUGCGCGGUGCCAGUCGACGCCUCCGCGCUCGGCGGCGUCGUCGGCACGCCCGUCGGCCGCGGGAUCAUGGCGGGCCUGCUCCUGGGCAAGCCGCUCGGUAUCUUCGCGCUGUGCUACGGCGCGGUCAAGAUGGGAAUCUGCUCGUUCCCCAAGGGCAUGAACGGUAAACACCUCGUCACUGUCGGGAUGCUCGCGGGCAUCGGCUUCACGAUGUCGCUGUUCCUCAUCGAGCAGGCGCUCGUGGGCAUGCCCGCCGCGGCGGUGUCCGCCAAGCUGGCCAUCCUGUGCUCGUCCGGCAUCGCCGCGGUCAUCGGCGGCUUCGCCAUGACCCGAUUCCCCGUGUACUUCUGCGAGAUUGUCUGCGACGAGGACGAGGGUUGCAGGCCCGAGCUGUACGAGGAACAGGUUUUCAAGGCGGAGAACGACUGCGACGAGGUUGCGUGCACGCCAAAGUUCCUGACCGAGGGCGAGGAGGAGUCCGCCUAGGUCUCGGGACCGGAGGUGAGGUAUUUGUUGGCGACGGGUGUGGUGUGUAGUAUCGGACGAAGUAUUUUAGCUCCUGUAUCAUACCGGGCACUGUACACAAUCCCCGGGUAUGUUGUUGUCCAAGAGACGAGAGAACUCUGAAUU